GUUAUAUUUGAAUUCCAGUUCACCCAGCGGGUGCUGGAGAGCCACGCGAACGUGAAGGAGCUGCCGCUGCUGGAGGCGAAGCUGCAGUACAUCCGCACGUGGCAGAACCUGGCGGAGUACGGCCAGACGCUGUUCGUGGUGCGCUUCAUGGGCCACCGCAAGGACGAGGUCAUCAGCGUCGCCAACAACCGCCUCAUGCGCCUCGACCCCGCCACCGGCGACCACAUCAAGACCUGGAGAUACAGCACCAUGAAGGCAUGGAACGUGAAUUGGGAGAUAAAGCAUAUGAUGGUGCAAUUCGAGGAGGGGAAUAUAAUAUUCUCGGUGCAGUCUGCGGACUGUAAGGUGGUGCACGAGUUCAUAGGAGGGUACAUCUUCCUCUCCAUGCGUUCUAAAGACGCCAACCAGACCCUGGAUGAGGAACUGUUCCACAAACUGACGGGAGGUUGGACGUAAGAUUGUAAAAUAUAUCGAGAGAAUCUUCAAGGAUUCUCUUCGUGAUUUAAUGUUUGAUUUUUUAUCUUGUCUAUGGAUAUUUUUGUUAUUUGACAUGAAUUGCUGAGAAUUCUAAAAGCGACGUUUUUUUUAUCAUAUAUUUAAAAAACUCACCUACAAGUCGACUCUAAGAUACUAAAAAUGUAUUAAUAUUAAAAUUUUAAAGUAGUGCUUCCAAUUUUACGAAAUUUUUAGUCUGACCAAUAAUAAAAAAAAAUUGCGUAAUAUGAAACUAAUUUCUUUGUGUAUAUUAAAAAUUGAUUUAAUAAAGAAAUCGAUUAAAUCGCCCUGGAUUUUUUUAUUUUUGGUUAGACUAUAAAUGUCAAAUAUUUCGAUAGCUACACAAAAAAAUCUGAAUCGCUUUAUCGCCUUAUAAAUUAUAUUUAAAAGUAAAUUUUUAAAAAGUAGAUUUAAGUGGAAUGCGAUAUAAAAGAGCUUUUUUAAUAGAUUUAUACAAAUUAGUUAUUUAAGAUUAUUUACGCUAUUUUCUAUUUAUAAAAAAAGGACUUAAAAAACAUUAGUAUUUGCAAACAGGAAAGGAACAAACUAAAAUUCGUCUUUUAACGUGCCUUUACGAAACGCAACAAUAUU